AUGAAACUGAUCGGAUUUCUACUGUGUUUAGUGUCUGUGGCAGCUGCUCAAGCAAGUGCAGGUGUCCCAAACUCAGAGGAGGAUAGAAUUCGUACAGUUUUCCCCUGGCUAUACGUUUUGGCAUAUCCUGGUGCCGUGCCACAGGUCCCCAUCCGUAGGCCACAAGAUGAGACUUCGUCCAGCAUAAACAGUGCGAUCAUCAAUCAGCCGCAGUCCGAUGAGACGUCAAACGUUCAACAAUCAAGCAACCUAGUACGCGAGCAGUUCCUGCAAGGAGUUCUACAGGGCUUGCAGCACCCUGGAUCUGGAGCCAGUGCACCAACUAUUUCACCCACUUUGCUGGCAGACUUCAUUGCUCAGGCCCAGGCCACUACUACCACGCGAAAACCAGUGGUUGAAAAAGAUAUCAACGGACCUGAUAACGAUGAAGAUUAUGACUAUAUAGACUUUAAGAACGGAUCUCGAAUCAAGUACGAUCUGGAUGACAUUGAGCAGCCGGUGAACAAAAUUCUUCAGCAAACUACAAGACGUCCCGCGCCGGCUAGAACUCAAAGCCCUGCCACCGUGCUCUAUUAUAGACCUCCACCCAGAUAUGUUUAUUAUAGACCCAUAUAUAGGCCUUCUACUUAUUACUACCGAGGUGGCUAGGCGAAUAUUAUCAAUCGGUGGAAAGCAAACCAUUUAAAUUAUUCAUAAGAGAGAUGAUUAGUAAAUUAGCGUCGUCUUGUAAUAGAGGAACGUUAAGUAGAAUUUGCUUAUUAUGACAGGCCAUUAGUCUACUAAGUUAUGCGAAAUAAGCUUUCAGUUCACUUCUGUGAUUUCACUGGCCAAAACAAUAAAAAUUCAAAUUACCGAUUCAGAUCUUCACCAAGCCCAAU